AUGCCUACUUUAUGUGCUAUAACAAAUUGUAAAUCUGUUUCGCGUGCUUUAUGUUACGUUUGUCAUGAAAGUUUAUGUCGCGAACAUUUUGAUGAUCAUGAUCAUUCAUUUAAUUCCUUAUUAAAAUCAUUAAAUACUAAAGUGAAAAAUUUUGAUGAUCGUCUUGAAGAUUUAACUAAUGAAGAACUUAUUGAAAAUUGUUAUGAAAAACUUGAUAAAUGGCGUGACGAUUCUUAUAAAACUAUUGAUCGUUUAUAUGAGAAAAAAUGUCAAGAAAUCAAACAACGUUUUCAUGAUAAUUUAAAUCAACGACAAGAAAAAAUAACUGAAUUACAAACCAAAAUAACUGAUUUACUACAAGAAGAAGAUAUAUCACGACAAAGUAUUAAUCUAUUAAUAGUAGAUGUUGAAAAUCUUGAAGAAGAAAUGAAUAAAUUAGAACAAACAAUAUUUCAUAUUAAUAUUCAUCCAUUAAUACUUGAAAAUAAAUCAAUAAUGAUUGAAGAAAUUAAUACAACACAUUUUAAUUUAACGCAAAUAUCAUAUCCAUAUCAUAUUAUUGAUUGUUCAAAUAAAUUAUCUAAACCCACAGCAAGUAAUGAACAAUAUUUAUUAAUGUAUCGUAUGCAUAAUUUACAUUUGAUCAAUCGCGAAUUAUUACCGAUUAAACAAAUAGCAUGGCCACAUGGAAGAAUAUGGGAUAUGUGUUGGUCAUCAACAUUAAAUCGUUUUAUAGUUAUGGCACAUUUUGAAGUUUAUUUAAUUGAUGAAAAUACAAUGUCAAUUGAACGUAUUGAAACAAUUUUAAGACGUAAUUGGUGGUCAUGUACUUGUUCAGAUACAUCAUUAUAUUUAUCGACAUAUGAACAAGGUACAUCAAUUAUGGAAUUUAGUUUACAACCGUCGAUUGAAUUAAUUAAAGAAUGGAAAUCUCCGUUGAUAUGUCAUAAACAUGAAUAUAUCAAAGAUAUUGUUUGUAAUAAUCAAACAAUUGCUUUAACUAUUUAUGAUAAGAAAUUUUUAACAAAACGUAUUGAAUUAAGAUCAAUAAAACAUUUUGAUUAUAUUUGGUCAUUGAAAUUAGAUAUUGAAGGUGAAUGUCAUAAUUCAUUACGUUGUUGUUCACUUUAUGAUAAUCAAUGGUUAGUUGCUGAUUUUCAUAAUCAACGUCUUUUUCAUAUUAGAAAUGAUGGUAAACUUAAAACAAUUUAUAGUUAUAAAAUGAGUCCAUGGUAUAUAACUUUAUUUGGUCCGAAUAUUUUAGUAAUAUCAACACAAAAUAGUGUCAAUUUUCAUAAAUUGUAA